ACCUAACUCAAGAUUUAUGUGAAUGCGAUACUUACCAAAAACCACCUCACGAUAAAACUCCUCAACAAGUUUUUAAUAGAAUUUACAAUCCUAAUAAUAUCCAAACAAAUCAAAAACUAUUCCUUCAAAAUUGUAAUCGUCUUUUCGCACAUAACUGUGAUUUUAAUCAAUCGUUUAAUUUUAAUCUUUGUUCAACAUGUUAUUCACGAUAUAAUUAUGUUAAAAAAAGUUCUACAGAUGUUUCUUCAGCUAGUAAAAGUACUAGUAAUCAUGCUAAAAAAAAAAGCGUUAGCAAUCCUUCAGUUAUAAGUGUUAGCGAUGACGAUUCUGACUUUUCAAUGGGCUCAGUUUUAUCGGAGGAAGAUUCUAAUUUGGAUUUAAAAUUCCAAGUUAAG